AAGGUGGCAACACUUGAAUUUUGGCAUAAUUAUAUUUGGCAAUACCAAUACAGAAAACAGAACGGAAUGCAAAAAAAAGAAAAAAUCUAAAGGAUCGUAUCGUGAGGAGUGAAGAUUAUUGAAAAUUUUGAUGAAGCUUUCUAGUUUUCAAAUUUAGUUGCUGUUUGGUAACUUACCAUGGCUGACAAAGAACAAGUUAUCCAAGCUCUUAGAGCAACUCUGAUAUCAGUUAAGGGGGCAUUGACAAUAAAACAAUGUAACAGAGACUAUCGAGAACUUCAAGGAGAAUGGAUUCCAUUUAAGAAGCUUGGUUAUUCAUCACUGGAUAAACUGUUUCUUGAUGUACCUGGUUUUAAAGUGACUCAAGCUAACGGUGAAUGGUAUGUCGAUGCCAUAGCUAGUCAAGAAACACAACAUAUAGCUGCUAUGGUUUCACGUCAAAAGUCAAGUAAAAGAGCUCCAAAAUUGAGCUACCCAAAUCGAUUUCCCAAAAAGCAAGGAUCAUGGCGAAAACCUUCAUCUGGAUAUGGAUCUAACUACAAUAGCCAGUACUCCAAUCAAUAUUAUAGAGCUAAGAGCAGCACUCCAUUUAAUAAUAACACUCAACAUUAUAAGACGAAUAAAUACAAUUCGAGCAAGUCGAACGAAACGAAAUUAACGUCGAAUAUUAAACAAACAACGAAGACAGCAAAUGACCAUGUAGAUAAAAUAUUAAAAAGUUCAAAUUCAUCGCAAAGUUUGAGAGAAUCCAACAACACACAUAAUGAGGAGUUGAAACAAGCAGUGCGAUCAAACAACGAUAUGGAUGUUAAAUUAUCAACUAAGGUGUCAGCAUCUCAAAGACUUUCAAAUUUAAGAGACCGGCUUAAUACAGUGGAUCUCAUACCGCUGCAGUUGCCUGCUGCUAAUAAUGAAUGUUUGGAAAGCAGUGGUCCUGUAACAAAUGUUGUGCCAGCUCAUAACUUAGAACCACCUCCCGAUUCUACAUCAUCUGUUGAAAAAUUAGCUUGGACUUGUAAAAAACUUGGACUUCCAGAACCUGUGUAUAAAGUACAUGAGUUUAAACCGAAACGGGGACCUGUAACCUUCGACUGCACCGUGAAAGUCGGAGGAUCAUAUAGUGUAUCCUCAUAUCCUGACUCGUCACCGUCCGAAGAUUUAGCUAAAGAAGUCGGAGCAGUGAAGUUGCUUUCGGCUAUAGAAAGUUCCGAAGCUGGGGGAAAGCCGACUUCUUCAAGUAGCAAUGCUAUUGUAUAUCUAACAGAGUUAGUGUCAGAACAUGAAGCUGGGCUGUGGGCCAACACAGUACCACAUCUGUACAGAGAAAAAUAUCAAGAAAACCUACCAAGCAACUGGCAAGAAUUAGUUGAAAAUUGCCCUAAAAUAAUAAAGGACAGAGUUUUUAAUGGACAAUUAGUGUUACUUCCUAAUAAAGAGGAAGUGCCAAUACCACCCUUAGAAACAACUAUUUAUGACGAUUCCAUGGAUAGCGACCUACCACCUUUGCAAUUUCCUGACGAUGAUUUUUGGAACGUAUUUGUGACUGUCGCAAAUUCUACACUAGAAAUUUGGCUUCGAAUAAUUGGAUCACAAUACAGCGAUACAUUCGAAACGUUGUUAAUAGACAUGGCAAAAUAUUAUGAACAUGGAGGAUCACCUGUCGACAAAUCGAUGCUAAUUAAAAAUGCCUGGUAUGCUGUUAAUUUAGAUGAUGGUGGCUGGCAGCGUGCCAAAAUUCUAGAAAUAGAAGAAGACUCGGCGACUGUGUUUCUAGGUGAUCAUGGAGACGACGAUGUCGUGUAUAUUCACAAAAUCAAAAUAUUAGAACCACAGUUUAGAAAACUUCCAGCACAGGCGAUCCUGUGUCGUUUGGAAGGUGCGGAAGAAUUAGCGGCAAGUACGCUCGGUGCCGAGUUGGUGCGACGGCGACUGCCCGGCGAGGUGCUGGUGGCGGCGCCCGGUCCGCGCCACGACCCCACCGAUCCUUCCGUCGCCGUCGUGCUCUACGACACUUCCACGCAACGCGAUCUCAACCUCAACAAGGAGAUAAUACAUGAUUUCUGCAUCGCUGGCGCUUUCACGAUUACACAGAAACCGUGCGAGGUGGAGGUGGGGUGCGUGACGGAGGAGGGCCGCGUGUGGGUGUCGCGCGCGGGCGGCGCGGCGCUGGUGCAGGGCGCGCUGGCGCUGCUGACGGCGGGCCCCUACCGCCGCCCGCUGCCCGCCGCGCCGCAGGCCCCCGCGCCCAACUCCACCACGCUCUACAUCGUGCGCACGCUCGCCGGCGACUGGGUUCGCUGUACUAUUAUAAGUGGUCUUGACGGUGAAGGAACAGUGAGAACGCAGCUCGUAGACAGCGGCUUAAUUUUGAGAGCACCUUUAUCAUCUUUAGUACCAUUACAGUCGUUUUCUCCCGCUUUAAACGCUUUUCCACCUCAGGCGGUGUCGGUGCGACUGGGCCCCGCGGAGCGCGCGGCGGGCGGCAUGGUGCCGCGGCUGCGCGAGCUGUUGCUGGGUGCGCGCGUGCUGUGCCGCGCUCUGCCGGCUGCGGGGGGCGCGGGGGGCGCGCCCGCUAUUCCUCACGUCGAGCUAUUCGUGCGCACAGGCCCACAGAACAUCUUGGCAUCUGUCAAUAACGCCAUCCUCAUGGAAUACGAUUAUCUGCAACAUGGUAAGUUAAAAGAAAAUGACAAUAAUACGACCAACCACGUGGAGGCACUACAUAGGAAGAAAGAACGCAUUUUCCGGAGUUUGUCGAUGGCCGGCGAAGAACGCCCUUCGUCUGGCUCCGCCCUACCACCGCCGCCGCUGCCAGCGCCUGGCCAGUGCUUUGACGUGUAUAUUGCGAUGGCUGCUAAUCCCUGGAACUUUGUUGUGCAACCAAAUAGUACUAGACACACUUUGCAAACGAUGAUGUCAUCUUUGCAAACAGAAUGUCCAAAACUGACUGAAUUAGAUGCUCCUGUAAAUCCAGUUAGUGGAGAACUGUAUACAGUAUAUUACGACAAAGAUGCAUCAUGGUACAGAGUGACAAUCGCUGGGACAGUGUCAUCAGAAAUGGUGUCUGUUUAUUUCUGUGACUACGGAGAUUUAGCUUUAUUUGCCACCAAAGCACUGCGGCCUGUGCCACCCGGCGCCCCUCUAGCGCGGUCGUUGCCACCGCAAGCUAUAAAAGCCAGACUGUUUGAUGUAUGGCCAUUGCAUCAGGACUGGACUGUAGAAGACUGUAUAAGAUUCCAGGAAUUGUGUGUAGAGCAACAGUUUGUAGGUAUUUGUAAAGAUGUUGGUAAGGACCCGUUAAAUCCAAACGAACCAUUAUUGACACUUGAUCUUAUUGACACCUCUACUGAUGAAGACAUUUAUAUAAAUAAACAAUUAGUUACUGAAGGCAGAGCACGAUUAACAUCUACUUCCUAAUUAAGUUAUUUAUGACAAAAAGUUAAGUUUCUUAAAAUACAAGGUGUAACAGACUACUCUUCAAUAAUUCACUGAAAUUUUGUUAUUGUGAGAGAGGUUAACAGACUGAGUAACGAAAGUAAAACACAAUUAUUUUAGUGCUCCACAUAUGCACACCUUAGUGUUUAUUUUUGUACAAUUUAUGUAUGACGUAUUUGAAUAUACAUUGUAUGAUUAAAAUGACGGCAUAAAAUUUAUAUAUUUUGGGCUACUCAAGAAACAAUGUGUUUUCCGUGCUUUACUAUCAUUUAAUUUUCUUAUCGAGUCAAUAGUUAUUUUAGUGAAAUACAAUCUUUGUCUGUACUUAUUUUAUUCUGUCUUAUAUUGUUCUGCGAGACUUAGCCUCACAACUUCAAGGUAAAUCUAUUGUUUCUUCAUAAACAAUCAAAUAAUAUUUGUAUUUAACAUACUGUUGGUCAGUUUCAUGAACUCUGCAUAGCUACUCACUACCGAAUAACAGAAUAUAUAAAAUAAGAUUAUUAUGAAAAUUUUGAAAUUACAAAUACUAAGUUACAUUUUCCAGGAACUUGCAGGGAUUGUGAAACUGGUCAUGAGAGUAUUGGGUUGCCAAGUGUGAUACACAAUGCAACAUCAUUUCUAAAAUUCUGUCACGUUUUUUAUAUAUUUUUGUUUGUUAUCUUAGAUGUAUUAAUGUUAUGUUAUAUUAUGUUUAAUCCUGUAUCCUCGGCUCGCAAUUUCUAAAGCAUCUCAGUAAAGUUCCUGAUUUUCGUUUUGAUAAUGUCUAAUAUAUUUAUUCUUUUAUAAAUAUAGAGUGACAUGGUAUAACUUAAUAUAAUUAUAUACUGUAAUAAUUUGUAUUUGUUAGAUUGGCUAAAUAGUGAUUCAUAUUGAUGUGGGUGUUCACUAUGUCAAUAAUGUUCAUUCUUGUUUAUAAAGUACAUACUAAUUACUAGUGCUGUUAAGAGCUAACUAAUGUUUAAUAGUUUCAACAUUUUAAGACUAGUGCUCUUAAGGCGUUAAGAAGCAUGGCUAUGUAGAUAGAAAGUAUAUCGUAUUCAAUGUUAUGUUUAUUAAGUGGGAAGUGAGCAGCGAGCAGCACAGUUUAUUGUGUAGCUCAAAUGAUUUUCAAACAUAUAUCGUAAGCGUAAAUGGUUGUGGAUUCGGACUGUCCCUGAGAAACAUACUAACCAGUAUAACAAUAUACUGUCUAUCAUUCCAUUUAAUCGGAAAAAAAUCAGUUAACAACGACAUUGUUAGUUUGAAUCGUUUUUAUUAUCAUUAUUAUGCCAUACAAAAGUAGGUAGUAAGGCUAGGAACUCUGCUUAGAGUUUUCUCAUGUGUUGGAGUAUCAAAUAAUUGUUGUACGAAACUAAAAAAGUUCAGUUGAAUAGAAAUUAAGAAUAUUUUGUUAUACCUUGAAGUGUUAUACGAUUCAUUAUGUUUUUGUUAGCAAGAGUGGGGCGGCGAUUCGAUUUGUAGACAACAUGUUUAAAUUAGAAAGAUGUAAAAAUAUACUCCUUAAAAAGACACCACUUUUCCUUUAACUACAGUUAUUAUGAUUGUAUGCAAACAAAAGUAAGCUUAUAUACUUCUAUGAUUCCACAGUCUUUGAAAUUAGCAUUCAAUUAUUAUUUUAUAGGUGUAAGUUUCAAUGGCAGAUUUAAUUCAAUAGUAGCUAGUUAUUGCAUGUUUCGUGAGAAUCCUCUUUGUGAUAUCUAUAGGUAUUAUUUAAUCCGUAAAGUAUAUUUAAAUAAUAAUAAUCUCUCAAUAGAUUGUGUCAACAUGGUUAUUCAAUUUUUAUCUCUGUGAAGUAGUAUUUAUUAAUGUAACUGUUUUUGAAAAUAAUACCCUCAGUAAACUAUUAAUAAUGGAUUAGGUACAUAUCUGUAAUUCUAUACUCAAGUAUAUCAGAUUCUAGCUUAACAUUACGGCCUUAAACCGAUAUGCAAAUAAAUAUUUAAUCUCA